CGUAUAAAAACUAUGGCUGCUGAUCCUUUUUUGAAAAGAUCAGAGGAAAUGGGGAUGAGGCUUUCCCUUUCUUUUCCUCUUCGUCUGGUCUCUUGUCCUGACAACCGCCAUUGAUCGGUCCGUCGACCAGCAUCUACCUUGUGUUUUUUUGUUCUGUUAUUGAGCAACCUCACGGCAUUUUUUGUCUUUACUGCUCCUCCCCCCCCCCCCCAUUUUUUGAGCAGUCAGUCUUGAUCAUGGGUUGGUCUCACGCCGCCGGGACGAAUGAUCCUCCCGAGGUCCGCAACUGGACCAUCCACUGGAUCGCUCUGGUGGCAUCAUGUGCAGCCCUCGCGAUGGGCUACGACAGCGCCGUGAUCGGCGGCACCAUGGCGCUGGACUCGUUUAAGCGGGACUUUGGGUUCAACGACAUCCCGGCGUCGCUGCGCGACGCGCACAGCGCCGACAUUGUCAGCACGUUCCACGUGGGCUGCUUCUUCGGGGCGCUCUUCACGUUCCCGGUGGCGGAGCGGAUCGGGCGGCGCUGGGCGAUCCUGAUGGCGUGCCUCAUCUUCAUGGUGGGCGGCAGCAUGAUGGCGGCGGCGGACGGCAAGGUGGCGCUGAUCAUCGCGGGGCGGGCCAUCGGCGGGCUGGGCAUCGGGUCGGCGUCGCUGGUGGUGCCGGUCUACAUCGCCGAGACGUCGCCGCCCAGCGUCCGCGGCCGGCUGGUCGGCAUCUUCGAGGUGGCGUCGCAGUCGGGCGGCAUGCUGGGCUUCUGGAUCAACUACGCCACCGACCGCACCAUCGACGUCGCCGACAAGGCCCAGUGGGUCGUGCCGCUGGCCCUGCAGCUCGUGCCCAUCGUCGUGCUCGCCUGCGGCAUCCUCUUCUGCCCCGAGUCGCCGCGCUGGCUCGCGCGCGGCGACAGGUUCGACGAGGCCGAGAGGGUCCUCGUCUACCUGCGCAACCUGCCGGCGGACCACGAGUACAUCCGCACCGAGAUGGCGGCCAUCCGCGCGCAGGUGGAGGAGAGGAGCACGACGCGCAUGAGCAAGCGGCAGCAGCUCGCCAAGGUGUUCCAGAGGGGCACGCGCAACCGCAUCGCCAUCGGCGCCGCCCUCAUGUUCCUGCAGAGCUUCACCGGCGUCAACAUCAUGACCUACUACUCGCCGCGCAUCUUUGAGACGCUGGGCAUCACCGGCACCGCCACCAAGCUCUUCAGCACCGGCAUCUACGGCGUCGCCAAGAUGCUGGGCAUGCUCGCCUUCACCUUUGUCGUCGUCGAGGGCAUCGGCCGCAGGAAGGGUCUGAUCUGGGGCGCCUUGCUGGGCUGCCUGCCGCUCUUCUACGUCGGCGCCUACGUCAUGAAGGCCGACCCCCUCAGCCGCGCCGCCCAGGGCGACCUGGUCCAGGACGGCUGGGGCUACUUUGCCAUGGUCUGCAUCUACCUCAACGCCUUUAUCAUCUGCGCCACCUGGCAGGGCAUCACUUGGACCUACGCCGCCGAGAUCUUCCCCCUCGACAUCCGCAUGCUGUGUGUCGCCUUGACCACCGCCACCACCUGGCUCGGCUCCUUUGUCGUCGCCCGUGCCACCCCCUACAUGAUCACCGACCUCGGCUACGGCACCUACUUUAUGUUUGGUGCCUUUGUGGUCGCCAUGGGCAUCUGGGCUUUCUUCUUUGUGCCCGAGACGAGAGGCAUCUUCAUCGAGCAGAUGGACGCCCUCUUCGCCAAGCCCAUGCACAAGGCCGUUUGGGACCAGCUCCGCGGCAAGCCCGUCGUGGUCGACUCGGCAGACUCCAUCGCCGCCAAAAAGGAUGGAGACGCCGAGUCUAUUGAUGAGAAGGAGAAGGAAGCUGUCCAUGUUGCAUAACAGUGUUGGUCUCGGAGUCGAGUAGAAAAGAAUUAUGAUCCUGUUUUUUGGUGUGUUUUAGCUGUUCAGGAAGGCCUUUAUUGGUCCAGGCAUUUGUGAAGACGUCAAGUAUAGAGCCUGUCGUGCUGUAGAGGAGACAAAAACAAAAAACCAAACCCGUGUUGCGCCU